AUGCCCCACCCCCCGUUCGCCCCAUCCCCCGUUCGCCCCAUCCCCCGUUCGCCCCAUCCCCCCUUCGCCCCAUCCCCCCUUCGCCCCAUUCUCCCUUCGCUGCUCUCCCCCUACGCCCCACUCCCUCCCCCCCUUCCUCCUUGGUGCCCCCCUCUCGCCCUCAUUCUCUCAG